GUUACGCAUGGGAUCUUACAGAAAUGGUCUAUCAAAGUAAAUUUAUUUAAUCUACGCUGUUAGCUAGAAACAAAAAGCAGUCAAUGUAAUAACUUUUUGCACGACCAUUGAAUAAACUGUGUGCGAUCUAAUGCUUCCUCUAAAGGAGAAGGUUUGCUCUGCGCAGAGGAAAGAAAAACAGAAGACGACGUAAAUAAUCAACAAUGCUGCACAAAAUCAGGGGUCAAUAACAAUACAAGUACAGCGGUAACAAGACAAACUACAGCAUGUGCCAACUGUGCCUUUUAAUUAAUAACACUGGUCUUGCUUUGCACGAAAAGGGGAGCAUGGAGCCUGCGAGCCUGGAGAACUUGUGUGUUUUGUACCACAGCGCAAACUAUAUAGUUGUCAACAAACACUGGGAUAUUCGUAUUGACAGCAAGAUGUGGUAUGAGAAACAGACUGUCCAGAGUCGGCUGAAGCAUCGCUUCCCAGAGCUUGCAGAUCCUGGCACCUACUACGGCUUCAGGUUUUGCCAUCAACUGGAUUUCUCUACCAGUGGUGCUUUGUGUGUAGCACUGAACAAGGCAGCAGCAGGGCAUGCAUACCGCUGUUUUAAGGACAGACUUGUUACCAAAGCUUAUCUCGCUCUGGUCCGUGGCACUGUUGCUGAGGAGAAAAUUACCCUGGACUUUGCGAUCGGCAAGAACACAACAGAGGGCAAAACCCACAUGAUGUGUACUGAAGGAACAGAUGGUUGUGAGAAUCCUAAGCCCUGCCAAACAGAGCUGACAGUUUUAGAGCAUGGAGAAUAUGAUGGAGAUCCAGUCACAAAAGUGCUUCUGCAACCUCUGACAGGACGGACGCACCAGCUCCGAGUUCACUGCAGUGCCAUUGGUCACCCCAUAGUGGGAGACUACACUUACAGUCUACACACAGACAAUACUCCGUAUCGCAUGAUGCUGCAUGCCUACUUCUUGCACAUCACACUAGAGAGUGAACCCAUCCACGUCACAGCCCCAGAUCCCUUUGUACCCACCCUCGACUCCAAAUGGGCACCACAAAGAUGUGUGAAUGUUCUGGAGGACCUACUGAAGAAUAUUUUUACAAAACCACAAACUGAAAUCCAAGAAGAUCCAGAGCCACAGGAGCACAGGAGGAGCAGCCCAGUGGAGAGCGAGGAGCAACAGGCACAGUGUCAGCAGUGGUUAUGUGAAUGGAGUCUGGACUGAGGAACUCUUACGCUGUUUUACCAGUCCAAUACUGAAGCUACACUGCAGUGUCCCCAGCUCCAUAGAGUACCCUUUUCUUUAAAUGGUAGUGAUUGAA